UGUGUGUAGGUGUCCACGGCCUGCAGCAUCGCCGUGCUGGAGCUCAUCUGCCACGUGCGCAACCCGGGCCAGGACCUGGUGAUCCACCGCACCUCAGUGCCCGCCCCUCUCAACAGCUGCCUGCUCAAAGUUGGCUCAAAAUCAGAAGUUGCUGAGUGCAAGGAGAAAUUUGCCAGCUCCAAAGACCCCACCAUCAUCCAGACUUUCAUGUUGGACAGGGUGUUCAACCCUAAGGGAAAGGCCUUGCCACCAAUGAGAGGGUUCAAAUGCACCAGCUGGUCUCCCAUGGGUUGCAAUGCAAAUGGCAGGUGCCUCUUGGCAGCGCUGACCAUGGACAAUCGCCUGACUGUCCAGGUGAACCUCAACAGACUCCAGUGGGUCCAGCUGGUUGAUCUGACUGAGAUUUACGGAGAGCGUCUCUAUGAGACCAGUUACAGGCUCUCUAACAAUGAGGCUCCAGAGGGAAAUCUCGGGGAUUUUGCCGAAUUUCAGAGGAGGCACAGCAUGCAGACCCCAGUCAGAAUGGAGUGGUCGGGCAUCUGCACCACUCAGCAGGUCAAGCACAACAAUGAGUGCCGGGAUGUGGGCAGUGUGCUCUUGGCUGUCCUCUUUGAGAACGGUAACAUUGCCGUGUGGCAAUUUCAGCUGCCCUUUGUAGGAAAGGAGUCCAUCUCCUCAUGCAACACGAUCGAGUCUGGAAUCAGCUCCCCUAGUGUUUUAUUCUGGUGGGAAUAUGAGCACAAUAAUCGGAAAAUGAGUGGCCUUAUUGUGGGGAGUGCUUUUGGACCCGUAAAAAUUCUCCCUGUCAAUCUCAAAGCAGUCAAGGGCUACUUCACCUUGAGGCAGCCUGUUGUCUUGUGGAAAGAAAUGGACCAGUUGCCUGUGCACAGCAUUAAGUGCGUGCCGCUUUAUCACCCCUACCGGAAGUGCAGCUGCAGCCUGGUGGUGGCUGCAAGAGGCUCCUACGUGUUUUGGUGUCUUCUUUUGAUCUCCAAGGCAGGUCUGAAUGUUCACAAUUCCCACGUCACAGGCCUUCACUCCCUGCCCAUUGUCUCCAUGACUGCAGACAAACAGAACGGAACCAUGUACACUUGUUCCAGGGAUGGGAAAGUGAGGCAGUUGAUUCCCAUCUUCACAGAUGUCGCAUUAAAGUUCGAGCACCAGUUAAUUAAACUCUCAGAUGUGUCUGGCUCAGUGAGGACUCAUGGGAUAGCAGUGAGCCUGUGUGGUGCGUAUCUGGCCAUCAUCACAACUGAGGGCAUGGUCAAUGGCCUUCAUCCUGUCAACAAAAAUUAUCAGGUCCAGUUCGUUACUCUCAAAACCUUUGAGGAGGCAGCUGCUCAGCUCCUGGAGUCUUCAGUGCAGAACCUCUUUAAGCAGGUGGAUUUAAUAGACCUAGUACGCUGGAAAAUUUUAAAAGAUAAACAUAUCCCUCAGUUUUUACAUGAAGCUUUGGAAAAAAAGAUCGAAAGCAGUGGAGUCACCUAUUUUUGGCAUUUUAAGCUUUUUCUCCUGAGGAUUUUAUACCAGUCAAUGCAGAAAACUCCUUCAGAAGCCUUAUGGAAACCUGCCCAUGAAGACUCAAAAAUCUUGAUCGUUGACUGUCCUGGGAUGGGCAAUGCAGAGGAUGAGCAGCAAGAAGAAGGCGCCUCUUCCAGGCAGGUGACUAAGCCAGGCCUGCAGGAGAGGAGCAGAGAGGGCGAAGCAGAGGAGCCCACAGACGACUCACUGCCCCCAUCGGGAGACGGUGGAGGCCACGAGGCAGUGGAGGAGAAGCUCCUUGAGAUCCAAGGGAAGAUCGAGGCUGUGGAGAUGCACCUGACCAGGGAGCACAUGAAGCGCGUCCUGGGGGAAGUGUACCUGCACACCUGGAUCACGGAGAACACCAGCAUCCCCACCAGAGGGCUCUGCAACUUUCUAAUGUCUGAUGAAGAGUAUGAGGACAGAACGGCUCGGGUGCUGAUCGGACACAUCUCAAAGAAGAUGAAUAAACGGACUUUCCCUGAACACUGCAGCUUGUGUAAAGAGAUCUUGCCGUUCACAGAUCGCAAGCAGGCCAUCUGCUCUAAUGGGCACAUCUGGCUCCGGUGCUUCUUAACCUACCAGUCCUGCCAGAGCUUGAUAUACAGACAGUGUUUGCUCCAUGACAGCAUCGCUCGGCACCCAGCCCCAGAAGAUCCUAACUGGAUUAAGAGGUUGCUGCAGAGCCCCUGUCCUUUCUGUGAUUCUCCUGUCUUCUGAAUGCAGUAGUGGAGGGCAGAAGGGCGUGAGCUGUGGAGCAUUCCAGAGCAUGGGAAGCCGUGCGCUGGAGGAAGCCG